UUAAAAAAUUUUUUUUUUUUUAUCUACCAAUGAGGAAAAUUCAAUUAGAUUAUCAAUUUCAAUUCCACUAUGCACGCCUUGCCUAGAAAACUCAGCCCAAGGGCAUAAUUAUUCUAAAAUAUAAAAUUGAUUUAAAGAAAAUAUGUUCUUAUUCUUAAUCUUACAUUAAAGGGAAAGGAUAAACUAAUUACUUACUAAAAAUAACAAGACAUUACCAAAAAAAAUGCCACCCCACGAUCAUCACAACCAACAAAUUCGUGAGCGGAAAUUGAGUCCGGCUUUCAAAAUCGCCAUAGUAUUCUCCCUCGUGGCGAUGAUUUGUAUAGUCAUAUCAUUCGCCAGCCCUAAUUGGUUACAACAUGACUCCAGGUUCAGCCAAUAUCAAAUGAAGAACUUGGGUCUUUGGGAAGUAUGCUUCAAAGGAUUUCGUCACCCGCAUCAAACGUUCGAUAAAGUCUACAAUGGUUGCUGGUGGGUCUUCUCGCGUUAUUACGACGAAUUGCUCGAUUACAUAGAGAAAGGAUUUUUCAUAGCGGUCCAAGUGUUCAUGAGCCUUGGGUUUCUCCUAUUUUUCAUAUCCAUGGCCAUGUUAAUCCCGGUUUUCCUACGUUUAUUCGACAUCGAUACUGAAAUCAGUGUUACGCUAGUUAUGUCAGGAAUCAUGCUGAUAUCAUUCUUUUGCCAUUUUAUGGGAUUGGUAAUUUUUGGUUUUCGCGGCAAGGAUUCGGAUUGGAUGCCUCAUUGGAAGUGGAAUUAUUAUUCAUGGUCUUUCGGUUUCGGAGUCGUGGGUGCCUUAUUACAGCUGACCUCCGCCAUCUUAUUCUUGGUAGACUGUACGGGCCGUAAAAAAUUUAUAUUUGAGCGUAAAAAGGAAGAUAUUCAAUUCGAUUUGGCUAGGAAAAUUCAAGGUAGCGGAGUUUAAAUCAAUCAAUAUUUAUUGGUUUAAUUCCCCACAAAUUUACAUCAAUUUUUUUUUUAAAAAUACAAGAGUCAAAUUUAUAAAUUUAAAACAAUUAUCAUUUUUUGUUUUUUAAAAAUUAUAUAAUAUUUGAAAUUAGUUUUUUAUUAAUUUUUUUUUAAAAAAAUUAUUAACUACUAUUCUUAUUAUCACAUUUUUUUUUUGUCAUGAAUUUAAUCAUAAAUUAUUCCUUUAUCUUAUAAAUAAAUUUUUUUUAAAUUCAAAUAUUUGUCAAAUUUGAUUGGACCAUUUUAGCCCAGUCCUUUUCGAUAAUCUUACAUAUAUAUAUGUUCUCAUUUAUAUUGAAUUAUUUUGUAAGUACACGAAAAAUCAAAAUGACACAACUUCGAUAAACAUUCCAAAAACAAACAUAUAAUUAUUUUUUCUUUCCAAUUUCGUUAUCUUAUAUUAAUUAAAAAUUUUUUAUAUGAAUUGUUUGUACAAAAAUGUAAAAAUGUUUUUUACUGU